AUGUUGAAUGUGAAUAUUCUGUCAUGCAUGAUGAUGACAAAAAUCUCCCUACCCAACAUGUUAGAAAGAGGGAAGGGCGCUGUUAUAAACAUAUCUUCCUGUUCUGGUAUGCAACCAGCGCCACUUAUCAAUAUAUACGCCGCCACCAAGGUAUUUAUGGAUUUUUUUUCAAGGGGAUUGCAGGUUGAAUACGGAUCUAAGGGUAUUAUUAUUCAAUCGGUGUUGCCGUUCUUUGUUACAACCAAGUUAAGUAGAAUCAGAAACACGAGUUUGUUCGUUCUAAAUCCAACCCAAUAUGUGAGAAGUGCGUUAGCUACAGUUGGGUUAGAGCAGAGGACUAAUGGAUGUAUGAGCCAUUCCAUCGAAGGAUGGGCAGUAGAGAAAACUCCGGAGUGGCUGAAAAACAAAGCACGGAUGCACAUUUCCAAUAAUGUACGCAAAUAUUAUCUCAAGAAAUAUGCAAACAAAAAUAAGAAAUAG